UUCGAAGUAUCCAACCUACAACCAUGGCUCGUCUCUCAUUUCUGUUGGCUUUAGCCAUUUGUACCGUGCUUUGUUUGUCCGCGGGUCAGUCCCGGGCUUCUCCGUUGCCGAGUGCUGCCGAGAGGGUGGCAGAUAGUCCGCAGAUUCCCAACAUGCCCAGUCCAGGGGAUUUCCCGAGGCCACCCGGUAUGCUGCACAGUCGGGUGGUCCGUCAGGCUCCGCCCGAAGUUCCACCAGAAGUUCCGGGACAGGAUAAAUUCCCUCCACCACCACAUGCGGCAUCGAUGAGAGCCCGUCGCGAUGCGCAAGCAUUCGACGCAAGCAACGCUGAUGCAUUUACCAACGCGCUAAUGUAUAAAGAAGGAACACGUGAAAAGCGAGCCGCCAAAGGGACGGGAGGAAAGCUUCCGAGCAAGGCUGGAUAGACGGGAAGGGUAUUAUCGCGCCCGGAACUCCGCGAGACACAGACCCAUUCCGUUAGCCGUUUAGCCGUAAUGCUGUUAUCCUGAUGGACGUGUUCACGCAAAAAAUAAUAUAUUUGGGAAUGGGAAGUGUCGUAAGGAGCAAUCAUAUGUACUACAGAACAAUAAACAACCACACAAGCAGC